GCUAUGGGGUGUGUCAAUGCGACCAACGUAAGCGUGCCUGGAGGACCCCCCUACUCCGCUGAGAUCGCGGUGCCUUUAACAGUACUCGUGGGCCUGCUGAUUCUCUUAAUUGUAUUUGGCAAUGUUCUGGUGGUUAUCGCAGUGUUUACUAGCAGGGCCCUAAAGGCUCCACAGAACUUGUUCUUGGUUUCACUUGCAUUGGCAGAUAUUUUGGUGGCCACUUUGGUUAUGCCCUUCUCCCUGGCCAACGAAUUAAUGGGCUUCUGGUAUUUCGGGAAGGUUUGGUGUGAGAUCUACCUCACUUUGGAUGUUCUUUUCUGCACCGCCUCCAUAGCGCACCUGUGCGCCAUAAGCCUGGACAGGUAUUGGUCCAUCACCCAGGCCAUUGAGUACAACCUGAAACGCACGCCGAGGAGAAUCAAAUGCAUCAUCUUCAUCGUGUGGAUCAUCGCCGCUGUCAUCUCCUUCCCGCCUCUUAUCACCUCGAAGAACCAGCGGACGGAGGAAGACGACAAGUGCGAAAUCAACAAGGACAAGUGGUACAUCAUCUCCUCUUGCAUCGGGUCGUUUUUCGUUCCUUGCAUCAUCAUGAUCCUCGUCUAUAUCCGCAUCUACCAGAUCGCCAAGAAGAGGACCAGGGCUCCCCCAGGGGACCGGCGGAGGAGGGACAUGGCCAAGAAAGAAAACGGCCUGUGCGUGAAACACUCCCAAGAGCGUCUGAACGGGGAGCGCGGCCCAGAGGACGGCGGGAGGGAUGAGAGAGGUGAGAUGAACGGGGUAGACAUGGAGGAAUCGUCCUCUUCAGAUCACAAAGUGAACAACCCUUGCUCCAUGAAGAAGAACAAAGCGUCAGGGAAGACCAAGCUGAGUCAAAUCAAACCUGGGGAUAACAUCACAAAGAAAGAGACGCUACAGAGUGCCAAAGGCAGCAGGUGGAAAGGAAGGCAGAACAGAGAGAAACGUUUUACUUUUGUUCUGGCCGUUGUCAUCGGAGUGUUUGUCAUCUGCUGGUUCCCUUUCUUUUUCACCUACACGCUAACAGCGUUGUGUGACUCCUGUUGUGUACCAGACACUCUGUUUAAAUUCUUCUUCUGGUUUGGCUAUUGCAACAGUUCCCUAAAUCCAAUUAUAUAUACCAUAUUUAACAAUGACUUCAGGAGAUCCUUCAAAAAGAUCCUAUGUCGUGGAGAGAGCAGACGCGUGGUUUGA